GGGGAGGGGUUCCGGCCCCUCCUACCCGCAGGCACGCAGCUGAGUGGGAGAAGAGGUGUGGUGUCAGCCCCCCUUCGGGGGUGGGGCAGGACAGGGCCUCAGGCCUGGGUGCUGCCUGGCACCUGGAAGAUGCCUGUGCCCUGGUUCUUUCUGUCCUUGGCACUGGGCCGAAACCCUGUGGUCCUCUCUCUAGAGAGGGUUGUGGGGCCUCAGGACACUGCCCGCUGCUCUCCGGGCCUUUCCUGCCACCUCUGGGAUGGUGACGUGCUCUGCCUGCCUGGGAGCCUUGUGUCUGCCCCAGGCCCCGUGCUGGUGCCCACACGCCUGCAGACAGAGCUGGUGCUAAGGUGCUACAAGGAUACCGACUGUGACCUCUGUGUGCGUGUGGACGUCCACUUGGCUGUGCAUGGGUACUGGGAAGAGCCUGAAGAUGAAGAGAAGUUUGGAAUUGCAGAGGACCCAGCGAUCGAGGAGCCUAGGAACGCCUCUCUCCAGGCCUACGUCGUGCUGUCCUUCCAGGCCUACCCUACUGCCCGCUGCGUCCUACUGGAGGUGCAAGUGCCUGCUGCCCUCGUGCAGCCUGGUCAGUCUGUGGGCUCUGUAGUAUUUGAGUGCUUCGAGGCUGCCCUGGGGGCUGAGGUGCGAAUCUGGUCCUACACUCAGCCCCGGUACCAGAAGGAACUCAAUCUCACACAGCAGCUGCCUGCCCUGCCCGGGCUCAACGUGUCUGCAGAUGGCAACGACGUGCACCUGGUGCUGGACGUCCCUGAGGAGCAGCGCUUUGGCCUCUCCCUGUACUGGAACCAGGUCCCGGGCCCUGCAAAACCCUGGUGGCACAGAAACCUGACUGGGCCGCAGACCAUUACCUUGAACCACACAGACCUGGUUCCCUGCCUCUGUAUUCAGGUGUGGCGUCUAGAGCCCGACUCUGUCAGGACCAGCAUCUGCCCCUUUAGGGACGACCCCCGUGCACACCGGAACCUUUGGCGUGCCGCCCGGCUGCAGCUGCUGCCCCCGCGGGCCUGGCGGCUGGAUGCGCCGUGCUCACUACCCGCCGAGGCCACACUGUGCUGGCAGGCACCGGAUGGGGGCCCCUGCCAGCCGCUGGUCCCACCGCUGCCCCGAGAGAAUGUCACUGUGAACGUGAGCACCUGGGAGAAGCAGGAGCUACAAGAGUGCUUGUGGGCUGACUCCCUGGGGCCCCUCAAGGAUGACAUGCUGCUCGUGGAGACACGAGGCCCCCAGGAAAACAGAUCACUCUGCGCCUUGGAACCCAGUGGCUGCACUCCACUGCUUAGCAGGGCGUCCACGAGGGCAGCUCGUCUUGGAGGGCCGUUACUACAAGAUGUGCAGUCAGGCCAGUGUCUUCAGCUGUGGGACGAUGACCUGGGAGCACUAUGGGCCUGCCCCAUGGAAAAGUACAUCCACCGGCGCUGGGCCCUGGUCUGGAUGGCCUGCUUACUCUUGGCCGCUGUGCUUUUUCUUCUCCUCCUCCUCAAAAAGAACCACGUGAAAGGGUGGCUGAGGCUCUUGAAGGAGGACGUCCGCGCGGGGGCGGCCGCCAGGAGCCGCGCGGCUCUGCUCCUCUACUCCGCCGACGACGCUGGCUUCGAGCGCCUGGUGGGCGCCCUGGCUUCGGCGCUGUUCCAGCUGCCGCUGCGCGUGGCCGUGGACCUGUGGAGCCGCCGCGAACUGAGUGCGCAGGGGCCCCUGGCCUGGUUCCAUGCGCAGCGGCGCCGGACCCUGCAGGAGGGCGGCGUGGUGGUCCUGCUCUUCUCGCCCGGGGCCGUGGCGCUGUGCCGCCAGUGGCUGCAGGACGCGACGUCGGCGCCCGGGGCUCACGGCCCGCACGACGCCUUCGCCGCCUCGCUCAGCUGCUUGCUGCCAGACUUCUUGCAGGGUCGGGCGCCCGGCCGCUACGUCGGGGCCUACUUCGACAGACUGCUGUCCCCGGACGCCGUGCCCGCCCUGUUCCGCAGCGUGCCGGUCUUCUCACUGCCCUCACAGCUGCCCGAGUUCCUGGGGACCCUGCAGGGGCCCGCAGCCCCCCACCCCUGGCGGCUCGCGGAGAGAGCGGAGCAGGUAUCCCGGGCCCUGCAGCCCGCCCUGGACAGCUGCUUCCGGGCCCCGGGGACGGGACGCGGGAUGGGGCCUGAGGCAGAGCACAGGACUUGAAUAAAGGCAGACGCUAUUUUUCUA